UCUCAGGCAGGGCGAGGAGCAGCACCGAGCCCCGCCCCGCAGGCAGCUGCUGCGCAGGCGCGGUUCGGCCCCGCGCCCCGACAAGAUGGCGGCGUCCACGCUGUGCUGGGCGCUGAGGGCCGCUCGGCAGGUUCUCCCAAGCCAAACGCGGGGCUACUAUGUGGACUGGAGGAUGCUGCGCGAUGUCAAGAGGAGGAAGCUGGCCUACGAGUACGCGGACGAGCGGCUGCGGAUCAACGCCAUCCGGAAGAACACCAUCCUGCCCAAGGAGCUGCAGGAAGUGGCUGAUAGAGAGAUUGCUGCCUUGCCCCGGGACAGCUGCCCUGUGAGGAUCCGAAAUAGGUGCGUCCUGACGUCCCGCCCUCGGGGGGUGAAGCGGCGUUGGAGGCUUAGCAGGAUUGUUUUCCGCCAUUUUGCUGACCAUGCUCAGAUGUCUGGGAUACAGAGGGCCAUGUGGUAGUUCACUGCAUGGAUAUAUGUUCAGACAGAAAACACAAGACAGGCUCAGUUUGCAAGUUCAGUUAAAACAGACUCCUGUGUGUAAGUCCAGCAUCAAACUGAUGCAGGAUGGAAAAAAAGCCACACUGACUCAUUUACUGGAUUGUGCUUGGGAUCAGCUCACUGACAAGCAGCAGCAUAACUAUGCUAAGCCAGUCUGUGUAAGAAGCAGUUUUAUUUUGAGGGGAGGGGGGAAUAAAAUCAAUCACGUUGUUGCAGAACUGAGCUGAGGUCUGUGAUGGGUAACAUUUAAAAUAAAGACAUAUAGCAAAGGUUCA